GACGAGGGCACGAGCGUCGAGAGCUGUGCUUGGCUUGGCUUGGCUUGGCUUGGCUUGGGAGGCACAACAGCGCAUCUCUAGGAGAGGGAGGUGGUUGAGGGGGAGGAAAGCUGCGAAGCUAAUUUGCGUGGAGCAGGUGAUCGGCAUAGAGACAGAGGAACCGUCGGGAUCUGUGCACUGAACGCACCGGACGACGAACAACGCGCCCACCGUUCUGUAAGAGCCGCCUUACGCAACUACCGUGCCCGAAGGGAAGACUGACUGAACGAAGAUAGUUGAGACAACUGGCGAAGACAAGUUCCACUCCAUCAAGAUGGCGGUCGAUGUGGUUCCUCCUCGUAAUAUAGAGGUUCCACGGCUGACGACAAUGCUCCGGGCGACUAGGCCUUAUGGGCCGGUGUUUGACAUCGAUGUGGAAUUUGUGAAGCGCAAGAUGGCACUCGAAGCACUGAAGGCUAAGAGAUCUCCACUGCCCAAGUCUCAGGUUGGAAGGUCCGAGUUUGCACGCAAAAUCAUCCCAUCAUGGGACACGGCACCUCAAGAGGCACGAACCACAUACGAAGAGUUUCUUGGAGUCAUUGGGGAAGUUACUGGAGGGGAGAUGCAAUCCGAGGAGAUCCAUCAGGCGGCUGACGUCAUAUAUGAACAUCUGUGCGAUGCUAAUGCUGGCCGGAGUGGCGGAAUCUCCGGGACCUACCUACAGGAGAAGAAGAAGGAGCUGGUGUCCCUUCUUGGCCAUGUGUCCUCUGACGCAGCAUUGCGGAAGGCAGCUGAUGUGGCAGUCAAGCUGAGAGGGUGGCAAGCAAAGCUGAAGGAGCUGUCUGCCACAGAGAGGACUGAGGCGAGACCGGCAUCAGAGGGGAGAUCGACGGCUGUAAUGUCUUCCAUGAAAGAGGGCAAAGAAUUCGGUUCAUGGAUGGAGUUCCAACUGCGACCGUUUUGGGAAGCAGAGGAUGAGGAUAUCGACGAGGACGACGAGGAAGAUGUCGAUGCGGAAGUGCUCGAGGCGUCAGGGCUCUUGGAAUCGAGUGAGGCGAGGAGAGCAGGAUCGGAAUCUUGGGCAAGUGUCAGCGGGGCUGGAUGGGAUGAGAGGAGUUCGACACCUGCAGACAUCGGUGGGCAUGCAGAAGAAGCGGGGAGCUUGCGAUGGCUGAAACGAGUUUGUGACCACUUUGCGUCAUUGGGAGGAGGCGCACAGUUCACCGGGGAUGAAUUGGCGCUAAAUAUCUGCAGGGCACUUGACUCAGACGACUCGAUCGAGAAGAUCGCCAACGAGAUUGUGGAGUUAGUGGGCUAUGAUUCGUUGGAUACAAUUCAAGUGAUCAUAUCGCAUCGGAAAGGGAUUGUUGCAGCCGCAAGAGCAGCAAUGUCAGCUGUUGCGGAUGAUUCAGGUGGUGGAAAGCAGCAGGGACGUAUGCCCACGUAUGGAACUCAGGUCAGUGUGCAGAGUGAGACUGACCGCCAAUUGGACAAAAUCCGGCGCAAGGAGGGGAGAAGGCAAGCGAAAAAGGGAGGGAUUACAGUUGAUCCAGAGCUUGGCUGGUUGUUCAGGGCUGGAGGUUUCCAGGCGCUGGUCUCUGCAGAAGAGAGGAAGGAGGACAUUAUAGACAGGGCUAUCGGCACAGGCGAUGGGGCUGCAGGGAGUACAGGGGGAACAGGGUUGCCGUCAGGCAGUAGCAGGAAGGUUUUCAAGGGCUAUGAAGAGGUUCAUGUGCCGCCGGCCCCUGUUGUACCAAUGAAGGCGGAGGAGAAGCUGGUGAAAAUUUCUGAGCUGGAUGAAUUUGCGCAGCUUGCAUUCGAAGGGUACAAAACCCUUAAUCGGAUUCAGAGUCGCAUAUUUGACACUGCCUACAAUACAAACGAGAACAUUCUUGUAUGUGCUCCCACAGGUGCUGGGAAGACAAACAUUGCCAUGAUCUGUGUGCUGCAUGAGGUAAAGCAACACUUCAAGUAUGACAUUUUGCAAAAAGACGAGUUCAAGAUUGUGUACGUAGCUCCUAUGAAGGCUCUGGCAGCGGAGGUUACAGCAGCUUUCUCAAGGAGAUUGGCCCCUCUUGGCUUGGCGGUGCGAGAAUUAACGGGGGACAUGCAGCUGACGAAGAAAGAGCUAGAAGAGACUCAGAUGAUUGUUACAACGCCUGAAAAAUGGGAUGUGAUAACAAGAAAAAGCAGUGAUGUUGCACUCGCUUCACUUGUGAAGCUGUUGAUCGUUGAUGAAGUCCAUUUGCUAAAUGAUGAUCGAGGACCUGUCAUUGAGGUUCUCAUUGCAAGAACCCUUCGUCAGGUGGAAGCAACUCAGAGCAUGAUUCGGAUCGUGGGACUCUCAGCUACUCUUCCAAAUUACCUGGAGGUAUCCAAGUUCCUCCGCGUCGGCAGUCGAGGGCUGUUUUUCUUUGAUGCCAGCUAUCGACCAGUCCCUCUUUCACAGCAAUACAUCGGCAUUACCGAGCAAAAUUACAUGGCCAGAAAUAAUCUAAUGCAUGAGAUUUGCUACCGAAAGGUGGUUGAUUCCGUGAAGCGGGGAGAGCAGGCUAUGGUGUUUGUCAAUUCUCGAAAGGACACCGUGAAGACGGCACGUAUUCUGAUCGAGUUCGCUCAGAGAUCUUCACAGCUUGGUUUCUUCAGCAGUGAAAAGCACCCAAGCUAUGGGCUCUUCAAGAAAGAGGCUGGGAAGUCGCGCAAUCGAGAUCUUGCACCAUUCUUCCAGGCGGGCUUUGGAACACAUCAUGCAGGAAUGCUACGUCAGGAUCGGUCAUUAACCGAAAGAAUGUUCAGUGAAGGACUGCUGAAGGUGCUUGUCUGCACGGCAACGCUUGCUUGGGGAGUCAAUCUUCCUGCUCACACGGUCAUCAUCAAGGGUACACAACUGUAUGAUGCCAAAGCGGGUGGAUUCCGAGAGCUUUCGAUGCUUGAUGUCAUGCAGAUAUUUGGACGAGCUGGCCGGCCGCAGUUUGACACCAGCGGAGAGGGAAUCAUUAUCACCACCCACAACAAGCUUGCACAUUAUCUCCGUCUGCUUACACAUCAGCUGCCCAUUGAAAGCCAGUUCAUAAGCUCAUUGAAGGACAACCUGAAUGCUGAGGUAGUGCUUGGAACUGUGACAAAUGUGAGAGAGGCAAGCAUCUGGCUGGGCUACACUUAUUUGUAUGUGCGGAUGCUGAAGAACCCCCUUGCUUAUGGUAUCACGUGGGAACAGAUUACUAUGGAUCCAGGCUUGGUAUCAAAGAGGAAGGAGCUGAUCACAGAUGCAGCAAGGUCACUAGACAGGGCAAAGAUGCUAAGAUUCGAUGAGAGGUCUGGAAACCUAUAUGUGACAGACCUGGGCCGAGUGGCGAGUCACUAUUACAUUCAGUACACCAGCGUCGAGACAUACAAUGAGCUCUUCAAGCCACAUAUGAGUGACAGUGAGUUGAUCAACUUGGUGGCACAUUCUUCAGAGUUUGAAAAUAUUGUUGUGAGAGAGGAGGAGCUGCCAGAGCUGUCUGCAUUGCUUGGGAUGUGUCCCCUGGAGGUCCGUGGCGGAGCAGAGGACAAGUAUGGGAAAGCCAACAUCUUGAUUCAGGUGUAUCUGUCGCGGAUUCAAGUUGAGGCAUUCUCUUUGAUUGCAGACAGUGCAUACAUAAAUGCUAGCUUGGGGCGAAUCAUGCGCGCUCUGUUCGAGAUAACUCUUCGUCGUGGUUGGUGCUCCAUGGCUGGUUUGCUGCUGGAAUACUCCAAGGCUGUUGACAAACGGAUCUGGCCUCAUCAGCAUCCUCUUCGUCAAUUUGAGUCUCUGCUUUCGGCAGAGGUCUUGAUGAAGCUGGAGGAGCGUGGCGCUGAUAUGAAUCGGCUUUAUGACAUGGAUGAGAAAGAAAUUGGAGCUCUGAUCAGACAUCCCCAUGCUGGCAAGGUGGUUGCAGCGUGUGUAAGCUAUUUGCCGUAUAUCCACCUUUCUGCGGUUGUCAGCCCACUAACGAGGUCGGUACUGCAGGUCUCUCUGACGAUAACACCAGAGUUCGUUUGGAAAGAUAAGAUCCAUGGAAAAUCUGUAGGAUGGUGGAUAUGGGUGGAGGACUCGGCAAACGAGCACAUUUAUCACAAUGAGUACUUCCGGCUAACCAAGAAGAUGUUCAUGGAGGGUUCAUAUACUCUGGGGUUCACGAUUCCGAUCUUUGAGCCCCUUCCACCGCAGUACUAUAUCCGUGCAAUCGCAGACUCCUGGUUGGGGGCAGAGACAUUGCACACUGUGUCCUUUCAACACCUGAUUCUUCCCGAGAGGCACCCUCCACAUACGGAGCUGUUGGACCUGCGCCCGCUGCCAAUCUCUGCGCUGAAGAACCCUGUUUACGAGAGCCUGUAUAAAUUCACUCACUUCAAUCCGAUACAGACGCAGGCUUUCCAUGUGCUUUACCAUACGGAUCACAAUUUGUUGCUAGGAGCCCCAACGGGAUCCGGCAAGACCAUAUCCGCUGAGCUUGCGAUGCUACGGGUGUUUAAUACGCAACCAGACUCCAAGGUGAUUUACAUAGCUCCCCUGAAGGCACUUGUUAGAGAAAGAAUUCAGGAUUGGAAGAAGAAUUUGGUACCCAAGCUUGGUAAACGCAUGGUGGAACUGACAGGGGACUUCACUCCCGACUUGAAGGCUUUGCUCUCAGCGGAUAUUAUCAUUUCGACUCCAGAAAAGUGGGACGGCAUCAGCCGUAACUGGCAGAAUCGUGGAUACGUCAAAAUGGUUGGACUGGUCGUGCUUGAUGAAAUUCAUCUCCUUGGAGGGGAUCGAGGUCCUAUUCUAGAGGUUAUUGUUUCUCGAAUGCGGUAUAUAUCGGCUCAGACUGAACGACCAGUCCGCUUCAUUGGUCUCUCAACAGCUUUGGCAAAUGCAAGUGCGCGAUGCACUGCGCGGCACUUGGAUGUGCAGUGCGCCAGUGCGCCGGGCCGAGCGCGUUCCGUGCGCAUGGGAUACCCAGGGAAAUUCUACUGCCCUCGCAUGAUGGCCAUGAACAAGCCAACUUACAUGGCGAUCACAACUCAUUCGCCUGUGAAGCCAGUGCUGGUCUUUGUUUCCUCUCGGCGUCAGACCAGGCUCACUGCAUUGGACCUCAUCCAGUUUGCUGUUGCAGACGAACGGCCGCGGCAGUUCAUCAAUAUGGAAGAGCGUGAAAUCGAAGACACUGUGGCACAGAUUUCUGAUACCAACUUGAAGCAUACAAUUCAGUUUGGGAUCGGGCUUCAUCAUGCCGGGUUGAGCGAGCACGACAGGUCACUGGUGGAAGAUUUAUUUGCAAGAAACAAGAUUCAGGGUACGGAGUUCUAUGAUGCCAAGGGAAAGCGGUAUGUGGAUUUUCCUAUCACAGAUGUUCUGCAGAUGAUGGGGCGUGCAGGAAGACCACAGUUUGAUGAGCACGGAAAGGCGGUCAUCCUCGUUCAUGAACCAAAGAAGAGCUUUUGGAAAAAGGUGAUGAAUCCGACAUAUUAUAAACUCGAAGGGACAACCCAGGACACCAUCAACCUCUAUUUGUCCAGUCUUGUCAAUGAUGCCUUUCAGGCACUGGAAGAUGCCGGAUGUAUUGCGGUGAAUGAGGAAGUCAACACUGUGGAACCGCUGACCCCCGGAAAGGUGGCAUCCCUGUAUUACUUGAACUACACAACAAUGGCGUUGUUCACUGCCAACAUCAAUGAUGAGACGUCAGUUGAGGGACUUUUGCAUGUGCUGUGCGCUGCUUCGGAGUUCAAUGAGCUUCCUGUUCGCCAUAAUGAGGACAAACUGAAUGAGGAGCUUGCGCAGGACGUAAGAUGGGCAGUCGAUCCGCGGACAUUUGACGACCCGCACACCAAAACCAACCUCCUCCUGCAGGCACAUUUUUCGCGCUUGACUUUACCCGUCAGCGACUAUAUAACGGACACCAAGUCAGUGCUGGACCAAUGCAUGCGCAUUCUGCAAGCCAUGGUGGACGUGGCUGCAAACGGUGGAUGGAUGCAGACUGUAUUCAAUACAUUGCAUCUUCUCCAAAUGGCUGUGCAGGCGCUAUGGUGGGACACGGAUUCGUCGCUUCAGAUGCUGCCACAUGUCACAGAAGAUGCAAUGACAGCUCUUGUGGCGCGCGGCAUUAGCACUCUAGCAGAGCUCAUGACUGCUGGGUCUGAUAGAGUGAGGGAAGCGUUUCUGGCUGUGAUGUCCUCCGAUGAGGCAAAAGCAGCACUUCAGGCUGUUGGAAAUUUCCCAAGGGUGGACCUGAGAUGGGCAUGGAGGGAGAAAAACCCGAAGCCAGUGGCCGAAGAAAAGACCGUCGAAGCGGAAGCCGGGCCCAGCCUGGCUCUGGAGGUACAUCUUCGGAGACGGAAGGCCUCAGGAAGUCGCAGCCUACGAGCUUAUGCCCCGAGAUUCCCUAAGUUGAAGGAAGAAGGAUGGUGGCUUGUGUUCGGCGAUCCAACGACAGGUGAACUUCAUGCCAUCAAGCGCGUCAGCUUGAUCGACCGUCUUUCGACGCGGGUGACUGUAUCGAAGGCCACGUAUGAACGAAGUGAGGGCCUGGUUCUGUACCUGGUCUCUGAUUCGUACAUCGGACUCGAUCAAGAGCACCAAGUGAAGGCCCCUCCCCCGCCUGUGCAGAGUAUCUCUGAGCCAGUGGCCAAUCCAAUCAAGGAGAUGAUCCGACGAAAGAAUGCGGCCGUGGAGAGCCGCAGCUCAAAGCAGUCCUCCACUGAAGAGGAUGGCGAUAGGAAGGCCUCCGAUGAGGAGGAGGAGGAGGAGGAGGAAGAGGAGGGGUUGCUACGCAGAGCUGCAGGGCAAAGGACUGAGGGCGACGAAGUGUUCUACGACACGGCGGAUGCCUGAGAAGAUGCACGAGGCGACAACAGAAAACAUCGUCGGUAUAUAUAUAUAUUUAUAUAUAUAUAUAUCAUAACAGAAGAAGAUAUUCGGGAAAAGCAGGAGAUUCAUUUUCGUUUUGAAAUUUUGCAAUCGGAAAGCGAAGCUUCGAACAAGUUUCCCCUAUUGCUCUUUCAAGUAAGGGCCCGAUCGGAUCAUCCCACAUUCUUAUAGCCCACACUCGCAUUUGCGCACACUUUCUGAACCGAAUGUGGCUGUAAUAACAGUCAGAUGCAUCAGGAAAAGUCCUAUUGCGAGUAUGCCCUGAACUUGAGGACCAGUUUUUGCACUGUAGUCUCACUGUACCUUGAAUUUUUUGCAUCUAGGCGGAAGCCGGACUACAACACAAAUACUGGGAUGUGGUACCUGUAUCAGGCCCCGAGUGUUCCUGGAAUGAAAACAGAGUUCUGUUUCACUGUUUCUUUUCCCCCUUCUCUGAACCGAAUGUAGCUGUAAUAACAGUUAGAUGCAUCAGGAAAAGUCUUAUUGCGAGUAUGCCCUCAAUUUGAGGACGGGUUUUUGUACUGUAGUCUCAGUUCACCUUGAAUUUUUUUGCAUCUAGGCGGCAGCCGGACUACAACACAAAAAAUUGGUUGUGAACCUGAAAUUAAGAGUGUAGGAUGUAGUACCUGGAUCAGGCCCUAAGUAUUCCUGGAAUAAAAACAGAGUCCGCCCCCCCCCUCCCCYCCCCCGCCCCCCCUUCUUUUUCUGUGGACAGAGGAGAGAGUGUGUAACGUAUCGUGAGGGGCAAAUUGGCAAAUUGGCAAGUUCUGUAUCUUAGAAACAAGGAACGCAGAUUUCUGGAGAAUCUUCAAAGAACAAAAUACACUAUCAUCCAAAGCAUUUGGAAUUUUAGAACUGUCACAAGGUUAUAAAAAGGGGAGAAGGGAUUCAAGGCACGGAGGGAGGGAGGGAGGGAGGGUGGGAGGGAGGGAGGGAGGGAGGGGAUGGUGCGGGGAGAAGAUGAGGGUGCAGUGUGGAGAGAUGGGAGGAGGGUGCAAUGUGGGGAGAUGGGGGAGGGUGCAGCGCGAGGAGAUGGGAGGGCUGUGUGGGGUUGAGCUCGUCUGUGAAGAGUAGUAUUGAAAGGUUAUCUUUUAGCUAUGUGACCAACCAGCCCAAAGUUUGUGGUGUUUGGCAAAUUGAGGGUUUAUAAAUCUGUUUGGAACUCUGGAUAGGAUCCAUAAAUAGUAAAUACAUAUUAUAGCUGUACUCGGGGCAACUUCCAGUCGGGGCACAGCGAUAAUGACUGUACAUUCUCUAUUCAGGUGAAGACUGUGGUGUUGGGUCCUAACAGAAGAUAAGAGGGGUUGUAGGUGAACGACCACCAUAGCUGUGAUAGGUUAGCAGUCUUCUUUCAGAAGACAGCCAUGGCUGAGGAAGGAGGCCUCUGUCUGACAAAAGGAUGUCAGGCCUGCGGAGAACAGGAGUCACACAACCUGAGAGGCUACGAGAGUAAAUUUGAUUGCCGAAGACGGCGAAGAGUAGAUGACGGCGUUUUGACGGAUGCAGCAGAAAUUGUCGAGUUGUUGUGGAGUGGAAGUAGGGUAGAGAUUGCGGAGGAGGAUCAGAAACAUGGUUGCUAGUUUGGCGUGGUGGCGGUCGAGAUGGUGUGUAGGAGGACAGAGUUGUUCGUGGAAUAGGAGGGGGUUGCAUCUCCUCCUUUUUCUUUUCUUUUUUUUUUUCCCUUUUUCUUCCCUUUUUCGGAAGUUUUUCCCUUUUCCUUCCUUUUUUUUCUUUUUUUGCCUUUUGUUUUGUUUUGUUUUUGUUUUCAUUUUCAGUUCACUGUACUCCUUUUCUUUCCCAUUUUUUGCGGGCAUUGACCUUUCUUACUCCUCUGUUUCCUUCCGUGUGUCUCUCCUGCUUCUGAAAAGUUGGUAUUCACACACUCCACAUGGCUUCUCCUUCAUCUCCUUAUUACUUGCUUUGCAACAGUGUAGCAUGACAUCUC